AUGCCAGACUCCCCCCAGCUCCACCACUCACCUCCCCCUCCCGCGCCGCCGCCGCCGCCGCCGCCGGCCAGCUCAACACCAGCCGCGUCAGCGGCAGCAAAUGCGCAACCCAACCUGGUGAAGCUGAGGAUGAUCAUCAAGGGCGUGCUCGGGCGGUACCAGCGCUGGAACCCCGUGCACCCGACGGCCGGCGCCUUCUGGGGUGUGGGGCUCGGCCUCGGCUGCGGCGUCGGCUGGGGCCCCGGGUUCGGGCCUGAGGUGAUUGGGUACGUCGGCGCCGGGUGUGGCGUGGGUUUCAGCGUUGGGUUCACGCUCGCCGGCAUCGGGAUCGGCCUGCCGCAGCACGGCCUCAUCAGGAACCACGACCACGGUGGUUUUGCAAGUAACGUCCCUGUUGAUUCAGCAAGAUUUUACGCAGUAACCAUCAUCAGAGGUUUGGUAUGGGAUGCCAUCAGCUAUGCGGGUAAUAUAGCGGCUAUGAGGAAAGAAUCUCGACAGAAGCUUCUGAGGUUCCAGGACAACCCUCCGGUAUCAGGAGGAGUUGAUCUGCCCAAGCUGGGGAAGGGCGUGUCAAGUUGCAUCCGCUCCACAGUGGAAUGCAUCAGGGCCUUCAAAGAUCAGCAUUGGCCUCCUUAA